AUGGGUAAGAAGGGGAAUUGGUUCACUGCACUCAAGAAGGCCUUCACCUCAAGCCCCAAGGAGAAGCCAACAAAUGUGCAUCAGCUGGUAGCGCAGUACCCGUCUUCGCACGGGCACGGGAGGGACAAGAAGCGAUGGGGAGGCUUCGGGCGGUCGCGGCCGCACGCGGAGCCGGCGUCGCCGGCGGCGGGCGCGCUGAUCAACAUCCCGCUGUACCGCGAGCCGAGCAGCAUCGAGAAGAUCCUCGGCGACGCGGAGAUGGACCAGCAGCGCCAGUACUACGCCGCCACCAGGGCGCAGUACCAGAUCACGCCGGCCAGGCCCACCGCCGCCGUCGCCGCUUCUGCUGCCGCGCCGCUGCCACGGCCGGUGGUGGGAACAGAACGUGAGCGCGAGCGCGAGCGCAGCAGAGAAGACAAGCCGGCCUCCGUGGUGCUCCCGCUCCCGCUGCCGCCGCCGUCCCCUCCCCCGCUGAUCAGGAGGUUCGACCAUGACAGGGAGCAGCAGCAGAAGCUGCAGCCGCAGAGCAGGGCCGAGACGGAGUGGCGGCGGCAGCAGCAGCAGCAGCCGAGGCGGCACCGCGCGGCGAGGCAGCGCGCCGCGCCGCCGGACCGCGCGCGCGGCGCGGCCGUGGCGAUCCAGUCCGCGUUCCGGGGCUACAUGGCGCGGCGGAACUACCGGUCGCUGCGCGGGCUGAUCCGGCUGCAGGGCGUGAUGCGCGGCGCCAGCGUGCGGCGGCAGACGGCGCAGGCGAUGCGGUGCAUGCAGACGCUGGUCCGCGUGCAGGCGCAGGUGCGCGCCAGCCGCGUGGAGGCCAUGGAGCGGCGCAACCGGCAGCACCACAGCGCCAUGCUCAGGGACGGCGGCAGGUGGCGCGCCGGCUCACAGGACGGCGGCAUUUGGGAUGACAGCCGGCUGACGCGGGAGGAGGCGGACGCCCGGACGAAGCGGAAGGUGGAGGCCGUGAUCAAGCGCGAGAGGGCCCUCGCCUACGCUUACACCCAUCAGCUGCUGAAGGCGACACCGAUGGCGGCCCACGCGAUCCUGGCGGACCUGCAGUCGGGGCGGAGCCCCUGGUGGUGGACGCCCAUCGGGCGCCGCCACGAGCCGGGGGCCUACCGCCCCGUGGAGCCCGCCAGCAGCAAGCCCCGGCCGGCGCUCGCCAUGUCCCACCACGAGACGACGACGACGACGCCAAUGGCGAUGACGGCGGCGACGACGCCGGCCCGGUCGGUGGUGUCGGCCUACUCCAAGACAAGGGCCACGAGGCCCGUGACCAAGGUGGGAGUCCCGCCGCCGCCGUUGAGCCACGCGGGGAGCAUCCGCGACGACGAGAGCCUGACGAGCUGCCCGGCGUUCGGCGGCGUGCCCAACUACAUGACGCCCACGCUGUCGGCGUCCGCCAAGGCGCGGGCGCGGGCACAGCUGCAGCAGCAGCAGCAGAAGGCGGCCCAGGAGAAGCCCAGGUUCUCGUUCGGGCUGGGCCAGAGCAUCGGGAGCUGGCCCAAGAGCCCGUUCUGGAAGGCCGGCGGCGGCCUGACGUCGUCGAGGGUGGCCACGCCGGCGGCGUCGGUGGCCGGCGGGCGGCACCGGUCGACGCGGUCGAUCAGCGAGCUCAGCGUGGACUCCACCGUGUCCAUGCCGGCCGGGCUCGGCAGGAGGCCCUUCAAGUAG